AUGGUGUCAAACGAGGGUAAUGCCGACAAAUUGGUCGACCAAUUGUUGGACGUGGUGAAAGCCAAAUACGGCGCCCAAUUGGACCCGAUGCAUUUGAACGACUCGAUCGCCGCUUUCAGCAAGAAGAUCGGAUUCAUCACCUUCCAUGGCGAUGCCAAACUGACCGAGGGCACAAUCACCGGGCUUAAAAACAUCAAACGCUCGGGCGAGUGCACAAUGACCACAGACAAGGGCUUCGACGUGAAGGUGCAGUUCGGCGACAACAACAUCGGCGCCCACUUUAAGGCGGCGUUAGAUUUCAUGGAUUUGCACACUGAGGGCACCAUUGAUAUCAAGAUCGCCAACUUUGACACUAAGGUCGAAGUGUUUACCGACGCAGCCGGUAAGCUGGCCAUCAAGGACUUCCAGGUGGACGAGCUGAAAAAGGUGGGCAUUGAUUUUCAUGGCCCGAUCGCACCCCUGGACGGCCUUGUUGACUUGUUGGGCGAGUCGUUUAUUACCAUAUUCAACAAACAGUCGCGCGAUUUGGUCGGUAAAGUGUUAAAGGGUAUUGUGGAGAAAGAGCUCCAGAACCUUCAUUUGCUAAAUGAAACGAAACUUUUAAGUGGGUACGAUAGAGUGUCCAACGAGGGUAAUGCCGAUAAAUUGGUCGACCAAUUGUUGGACGUGGUGAAGGCCAAAUACGGCGCCCAAUUGGACCCGAUGCAUUUGAACGACUCGGUCGCCGCUUUCAGCAAGAAGAUCGGACUCAUCACCUUCCAUGGCGAUGCCAAACUGACCGAGGGCACAAUCACCGGGCUGAAAAACAUCAAACGCUCGGGCGAGUGCACAAUGACUACCGACAAGGGGUUCGACGUGAAGGUGCAGUUCGGCGACAACAACAUCGGCGCCCACUUCAAGGGACUCUUGGAGUUCAUGGAUUUGCACACAUCGGGCACAGUUGAGAUCAAGAUCGCCAACUUUGACACCAAGGUCGAAGUGAUCACUGAUGCCGCCGGCAAACUGGCCAUCAAGGACUUCCAGGUGGAUGAGUUGAAGAAGGUGGGAAUUGUUUUCCAUGGUCCAGUUGAGCCCCUGGACGGUAUUGUUGACUUGUUGGGCGAGUCGUUUAUUACCCUGUUCAAUAAACAGUCGCGCGAUUUGGUCGGCAAAAUCCUGAAGGGUGUGGUUGAGAAAGAGCUCCAGAACCUUCAUUUUCACCUAUUUAACAAUACUACUUGCAACCUCUCUUGGGGAAACUUCUCUUGGGGAAACACCUCUUCAUAA